UUUUAAAGUUGUGGUCUCAUCACCAUGACGAGAAAGAAGCUAAACCUAUCUUACAUUGAUAAUGAUUCAAUGAGGAAAGCAACCUUUAACAAGAGAAAGAAAGGGUUUAUGAAAAAAAUCCACGAGCUUACCGUACUAUGCGGAAUCGAAGCAUGUGCGGUGGUUUAUAACCCAUCCAACUCAACCCCAGAGGCGUGGCCAUCGAACUCGGGAGUGAAGAACGUAGUGGAGAAGUUUGAGAUGCUGACAGAGGUCGAGCAAGAGAAAAGAAUGGUGAACCACGAAGGCUUUCUCAAGCAGAACAUAUCAAAGGCUGUGGCGAACAACAACAAAAAGAUGAAGGACAAUGGAGAGAGGUUGAUGAAAGAGGUCAUGUUCCAGCUUCUUAGAGGCAAAAGAGACGAGUUUAAGCUGACUAACAAAAACCGUGAAGAUUUGUGUAACUACAUUGAUCAAUAUCUUCGAGAACUUCAUCACCACAAGAACGAAACUCUUAAGCGAUCUUCUGAAGCUACAAAUGCCAUGGCACCACCAUCUAUGGUUGAAGUGAGUUCUCACUCAUUUCCAUAUCUCAAUGUUGGCAACUCUCCUCGGCCAGCUAAUGAUUUGUGGUCUUUGAAGCCUAUAAUCUCUUCGAGCGAGAUACCAGAGGAGGUUAAUACUCUUACUGGUGCUGCUGCUGACCAACAAGAGUAUUAUCCAGUUGGCCUUUCUGAUCAGUAUCAAUAUCAACAACAGUAUGAAUAUCCGAUUGAGCCUCAAGAUUUAAUUGACAAUCCGAGUCAAAAUCAGGAUCAGCAAGAAGAAUGGUUGAUCUCGAAUGAUGGACCAUUCUAAGGAAUUGAGUUUUCCUUUGAUGGAUUAUAUCAGCUGUUACUACCAACAAACUCUGAUGAUAUGUAUUGCCUUCGUAAUUCAGAAAUUUAGAUUCAUUAUGUUAUGCCAUUAAAGGAGGAUUAAGUUUACUCCAUUUGCUUUGUAUCCGGUUAUUAUUCCUUUUGUUUCAUGUUUUCUACAAUUUUAAUUUUGUUUCAAAAAAUAUCAUAUUAUUUAG